CAUUUGUACACACACGGCUACGCCUGGAACUUCAGUACAUCUCCAGAUUCACAACGAAAUUUCGCGUUUUCGUUGUCCUUCUUUUAACUUCGAUCGACUUCCGGAUCUACGAAAACAUGAAUAUCCUUGCGCGCAACAAGCCAGCUGGACUGAAAGUCUCGCGAGGAUCACCCUUUGGGGCAUUACAAACUCGAGGACCUUUUUCUGGGGAUAAAAAGCCUCUAGCAUCAGCUAGAACCCCUACAAGUCGGGACAUCUUACAGACUCAAGGAUAUCUAGUGGCCAGCAAACCAAAAUACUUGGAUCGAACAACCGCCAUUCCGGGUCCCGUACAAACUCGACAACCUUUUUCAAAGGGCAACCAAUCUGUAUCCUUGGAUAAGACUUCAGGCAAUAAGUUAGCGGCGUUCAAGAUCGCCCGAGGAUCAGCCACACGUAUUGGCCCAUUACGAACUCAAGGACCUUUUCCUGUGCCUAAAAAACCUUCAAUCAUUACAAAAUUAAAACCUCCAAGAUAUUUUAAGGCCAGCGAACCGAAAUCUUCGGGCAACCAACCUGUACCCUUUGGUAAAACUACAGGCAACAAGCCAGGUAACAAACCAGUAUCCAUGGAUAAAGCUUCUGGCAACAAGCCAGGCAACAAACCUGUAUCCUUGAAUAAAACCUCAGGCAACAAGCCAGCGGUGCUUAAGCUCCCACGAGGAUCAGCCACACGUAUUGGCCCAUUGCGAACUCUAGGACCUGGGGCUAAAAAGACUCCAUCAGUUCGAAGCUUUAUAAAUCGGGGCCUCUCAAAAACUCAAGGACAUCUUCUAAAGGGCAGCAAUCUGAAAUCCGAACCCAAAUCGCAAACCAAAACGCAAGGACCUUUAAAGGGUAACAAACCUGUAUCCUCAGGUCAAGCUUUCACAAAUCCCAGGCCCGUACAAACACCAGGACCUAAAAAAAGCGUACCUGCAACCUUGGAUCGAGGUCCCACAAACCGCUUUCGGACUGUGUUCCCCUCGAAGACCACCAAAUCCUUACCUGCGGCUGGAGUAUCGACCAUUUACCGACCCGUAAAGACUCUAGAACCCAAUCCUAUAAGCAAGAUAUCCCAAUUCUCGGGGAGCAAGGUACGAGAGAGAACUCUUACAAGUCUUAGCCUAGAACAAACACCAGGACUCAAGACUGGCAAAGCAAGUCCCCCGCUCAAGGCCCCCGAAACUUUGUCCUCUGUAAGCAGGAAUCUGCAUAGUCCCUCCAGAAUUCCAGGUCUCGCACAGAAACAAGGACCUUUUCUCUCGACUCGCACCCCUACAAGUCCGGGUAUCUUACAGAAUCGACGAACUCUUCCUAAGCCCGGCGAAUUUGGAUCUUCACUUAUCAGGAAUAUGGCAAAUGUGUACUCAAGUCCAAGUUACAUACUAGGACCCAAGGUACCUGUACAAGUGGAUGAAGCCCCCAAAAGUGGCAAUGCUGUGAGAAAUGCUUCCAGAAUUCCCCGCGGAUCCCUGCCAAAGCCCAGCCAAUCCAUACCUUCGGGGAACAGAAAUCUCGGGGGUGCUGGUGCUCCAGACCCUGUCUGUACGGGACUGAAGUCAACCGAACUUGUUGCCUCUGAGCAAGCCUCUACAAAUCCCGUCCCUGUGCAGACAAAACGACAUGAAGCAAACGAAUCUGUAACCUUGGUAAAGGAGAAUCAGGAUUGUACCCCCACAAGUCCUGUUCCUACUCAGACAGCAGAACAUGAAGCGAUCGAAUCUGUAGCCUUGGCGAAGGAAGAUCAGGAUCAGAACAAAGAGGAACAAAAAGAUAUCAAAUCUGUAACCUUGAUGAAUGAGAAUCAGGAUUCUGUCAGUGGUAAACGUAGACUAGGCAUGUUACGUACAACCAGGAGCCGCAUACCUUUACGCAGUGAUCAGACGUCCUGCACUUUGCCGGGACAAAGCGACAAGGUCCAACCCGAUCCGACAGUACCUGAUAAAAAGCAGAACCUCAAUACGAAGCCGGAGGCCUCACCAAAACAGGGUUUAAAGGGAUCACUCCCAGGCAGCCCGUCCAAUAAAUCCAAACUGACGCCCAGAAGAGGUCUGGCCUUCCAACCUGACUUGGCCGACGAGCUGGACAAACGUAAUCUCUUCAUUAACGAACUGAAGAUUAAGUUGGUGCAGAGCCAGAACUUGGUCUCCGAGCAGGAGCUUCGUCUUGCCGAAAGCAAGUCCGUCCAGAUGGCCAAAGACGUGGCCAUGAAACAACUGAAAUCCAAGCUUUUGACGGCCAAGGAUGAAUACGACCGCAUGCACUUGCGCUUGCAGGAAACAGAUUUUGGCCUGGAGCAGGCCACCUCCAAGGCUAACAAGUACUUGGAGCAGUACACUUCUGUGGAGGGUUACCUUACGGAGGCCCGCGAUAUGAUUGGUAACCAGCAGAGGCAGCUAAAGGACGCCGACAAAAAAGCUGAGAUUCAUUGCCAAACUGAAGCCCGGCUUCGCCAGGAUGUGGAGAGGAUGCAGGAGCAGCUGGCCCUCGACUCCCAAAGAAUUCACAGUCUGGAACAAAACGAAAAGGACUUGAGGAGAGACUUGGAGAAGAGAGACAGCCUUAUUUACCAGAUAAACCAAGAGCUUGCCACCAGGGACGAAGAAUUCCGGAACCUAUUCGAAACCCUCAAGCACAAGCACACGCAGCUGAGGAGCCAGGAGCAAAACAUCAAGCGGCUGGAAGGGCGGUAUGAGAGGGUUUGCCUAAUCCGUUCCAAGCUGGAGGAGCGGAAUGCCGCUUUGCUGGAUAGAAUUGAGCAACUCAAGGAUAAUCUUCGUAACUAUUCCCAAAUAAUUAUUGGCAACGGUGGGAAACCCUUUUACGAAGAGGUUCUGACUGGCAUUAAUCCAGGUGGUCUGGCUCCAGAGAAAGAGUUUCAGCGGAAUGUCAAGCCGAAACGCAGGGAUAAUUAGUAUAGUAUUUCCGGAAGCCAAUUUUUGGUAUACAAAAAAAAUGUA